UUUCUUCAUACGUUAACAGUGUGAAUUCUCCAAUUUUUUUUCUUAAACCAAAACCUUGCACUCUGAGAAAGUAUCUUCCUAACAACUUGGCAUUCUAGAUGAAAACUUGAAUUCUUCCAGCUCGAAUUGACUUGGACUGAACAUCUGAUUGCGAGAUGAUUUCACUUCUGCUCGCCCUUGUGUUUUGCAACAUAGCUUCUGGCUUCACAAAAGUCAUGGAAGUGACCCAGCCAGCAUUCAUGAUGGUAAAGAUAUCAGAGGCCGCCCACUUUGAGUGUGAAAUCAAGAACUUGGGUAAUGCAGAAGAUCUGAAAGUCACUUUAUUUAAAGAAGACAAUGGGUCCAUUGAGAUCUGUGCCUCUGCCUUUACUCGUGCUGGGAUCAUAUUAGGCCACCAGAAGGAAAACCACAGAUGCCAAGUUUAUCCUGGUCACGACUGGGUAAAUGUAACAGUUUUGGGUCUACAGUCAAGUGAUGCUGGUUUAUACAUUUGCCAGAUUGAACGGAUAUCCCCUCCACCCUACUAUCCAGUCAAAGGAAAGGGGACCCAGCUCUUUGUCAUUGAUAUAGAUUCAUGUCCAGAUAAACACCUCUAUCUUUGGAUCUUAAUAUCAGUAGCUUCUGGGUUGCUUGGAUACAGCAUUUUAAUCACAGUCUUCAUUAUGACAGACGUCAGAAAAAAACGUUAUUUUUCUCCAGGGGCUUAUGAGAAAAUGAUACCGAUGUAA